GCCCGAGGAGAGAUCUGAGCUUUGUCACGCAGUUUGUCAUCAAAAAAUAGUUCCCACUGAUGCUGCUGCGGACCAACUUCUGAUUCCUGUCACGGAUUUCCAUCAUGGGAAAGUGAAUUUUUUAAAGGGACACCUUUAAGACGCAGGUUUGGAUACGGCUCACGCGUAAUUGCGCACAAGAAAGUGGCCCUUUAGCAGCUCCCUGUGCGCACCGAACUCUCCACCGGACCUGGUCUGCCAUGGAUCAGUCUCAACAGUGCGUGGCCAUGUAUCUGCUGGUGCUGUCCCUGGGACUUCUGAUGAACAGGGGGAUUUGUCAGCACUACUACCUUCUGCGCCCCAUCCCGAGUGACAGCCUGCCUCUUGUGGAAUUAAGAGAGGACCCGGACCCGGUCUUCGACCCCAAGGAGCGGGACCUUAACGAGACCGAGCUGAAAAGCGUCCUGGGAGACUUUGACAGCCGCUUUUUGUCCGUUUUAGCGCCCGUGGAGGACAAAUACACCGGGAACGACGAGCUCGAUGACUUUGAGAUCCAAAAGCCCGGCGGAGUACUGCCGAAGGAAAUCCGGGCGGUGGACUUCGACGUCCAGUUCGGCAAGAAGCACAAGCCCAGUAAGAAACUGAAGCGGCGGCUGCAGCAGUGGCUGUGGGCGUACUCGUUCUGCCCGGUCGUGUACACGUGGACCGACUUGGGGAACCGGUUCUGGCCGCGCUUCGUGCGCGCGGGCAGCUGCCUCAGCAAGAGGUCGUGUUCGGUUCCGGAGGGGAUGGUGUGUAAACCUGCGAACUCGACCCACCUGACGAUACUGAGAUGGAGGUGCGUGCAGAGGAAAGGGGGGCUGAAAUGCGCGUGGAUACCGGUGCAGUACCCGAUCAUCACAGACUGCAAAUGCUCCUGUUCCAGUUAAAAACAAACAAACAAACAAACAAACAAAGGACUCUGAGAAUAAAUUAUAAGCUCAUUAUUUUUGUGAUUCUUUUCUCACGUGCACUACCGAGUGUAGGAAUGUAUUUUCUGUAUAUGCGGUGCCAUGCAGUUCUAUAUAGCUCCCUGUACAAAGUCAGUAUUAUUUGUAACCAGAGUCUACUUUAUUUGUGGAGAAUAUUGGUUAUAUAUUUUGUAUUUAUGGAGAUAUGGCGCAUAGAGCCACGUAAGGACUCAAGCAGAUCGACCUCAGAGUUGAACGUGGAUUA